GACAGUCGACAAAAUUAAAUAUGGCGGAAUAGACUUGUUCGGGGGGUUGGUGUCCAGCAAAAUCGCUCGAUUUGUUGCUUUUUUUUUAAGAUAAAAGUAUAGGAUGAGAUCUAAAUCGCCGGGACAGGUCUGCGGCGGUUCGGAACUGGCGAUUUUUCGCACGGUACGGUGAACCUCUUUUUUUUCGCGUCCACGUAUUGUGUACGAGUGUUCCGUGUGGUGAUAGCGAAAAAAAUAGCAACAAUCUGGGUUCGCCAGUUAGAAAGGGCAUGAUUUCAAGCCAUGGGAGCGCAGAAUACCAAGGAGAGAACUGUAACCGCGGGCACCCAUUCUACCAGGACAGCUAGGACUAGACCGAGAACAGUAAAAGAUGGACGGCAGACUACGAUCUCCAAUAUUUUUACCGAACACAGCGAUCCCUUAAAUAUCAUUAAAAAACUACUCGUUAAAAAUGUUCUUGAUCGCGAAUCUAAAAAGGUUUCUCUGCCUUCUUCAGAGGCUCUCCUCCAGAGCAGACCGCUUCCUCAUAUCCCCAGCUUGCCGGAAUCGGAUCCGCCGUCCUCGAGCUCCGGCGGCACGACGGGUGGGGUCGUGGGGGGAGGGGGCGCGUCCACUUUGUCGGGCGGCAGUUCAUCGGGGGCGGCCGCGUCCACGCCCAUGUCGUUGGAGACUGCGGCUAACCGGUGGACGUCCAAGGAAAACCUCCUCGUCCAGGAAGAGGACGACCCGCAGCUUUUCGUCGCACUGUACGACUUUCAGGCGGGCGGCGAGAACCAGCUCAGUCUUAAGAAAGGCGAACAAGUGAGAAUUUUGAGUUACAAUAAGAGCGGCGAAUGGUGCGAGGCUCACUCCUCGUCGAACCUGGUCGGAUGGGUACCGUCGAAUUACGUCACACCGGUUAAUUCGCUCGAGAAGCACUCGUGGUAUCACGGGCCGAUAUCGAGGAACGCCGCGGAAUACCUGCUAAGUUCCGGCAUAAACGGCAGUUUUUUAGUUAGGGAAUCGGAAAGCAGUCCCGGUCAGAGGAGUAUCUCGCUGCGAUACGAAGGGAGGGUGUACCACUACAGAAUCAACGAGGACUCCGAGGGCAAAGUGUACGUGACGGCGGAGAGUAAAUUUAACACGCUAGCCGAACUCGUUCAUCACCAUUCGAUGCAGGCCGACGGUCUCAUAACCCAACUACUUUACCCCGCCCCGAAACACAAUAAACCCACCGUGUUCCCGCUGAGUCCCGAACCUGACGAAUGGGAGAUUAACCGCACCGAUAUCGUGAUGAAGCACAAGCUGGGUGGCGGGCAAUACGGAGAUGUAUACGAGGCCAUCUGGAAAAGCUUUUCAAGGUACAACAUGACGGUCGCGGUGAAAACCCUAAAAGAGGACACAAUGGCGCUCAAGGAUUUCCUAGAGGAGGCCGCCAUCAUGAAGGAAAUGAAACACCCCAACCUGGUGCAGCUGAUGGGCGUCUGCACCAGGGAACCGCCGUUUUAUAUCAUCACAGAAUUUAUGAGCAAAGGGAAUUUGCUGGACUAUUUGCGCAACGGCAGCAAGGAGCACAUCGACGCGGUGGUACUGAUGUACAUUGCGACGCAGAUAGCUAGCGGAAUGAGCUACCUGGAGAGCAGGAAUUUCAUCCAUAGGGAUUUGGCGGCGAGGAAUUGCCUCGUCGGCGAGAACCACCUCGUCAAAGUGGCCGAUUUUGGAUUGGCCAGGCUGAUGAGGGACGACACCUAUACAGCUCACGCUGGGGCCAAGUUUCCGAUAAAAUGGACGGCACCGGAAGGACUCGCGUACAACAAGUUCUCGACCAAGUCCGACGUGUGGGCGUUCGGUAUCCUCCUGUGGGAAAUCGCAACGUACGGGAUGUCUCCCUAUCCGGGGGUGGACUUGACGGACGUUUAUCAUAUGCUCGAGAAGGGAUACCGUAUGGAAAUCCCGCCCGGUUGCCCGCCGAAAAUCUACGAACUAAUGCGACAGUGCUGGCAGUGGCACGCGAACGACAGGCCCACCUUUAAGGAGAUCCACCACGCUCUCGAGAACAUGUUUCAAGAGUCGAGCAUUACCGAAGAGGUCGAGAAGCAGUUGCAAGGUAACGACGUACCAAUACCUUUAGGCACGCCGCACAUGUCUUACAAAAAGUCCCAUUCGGGUAGUACGGGGAACAUUCACGGGCUGGUAGUGAUCGCCGACCAGAACUCUGCCGAUAAUAUCGGCAACGUAUCGACGAAACUUACAACGUUCACGGGCGGUAGUUCCAAGGGCGGUCUGGUGCAAAUGAGGAGGACGACGAAUAAGAAGGGCAAGACAGCGCCCGCCCCUCCCAAACGGACUAGCUUGCUGUCUUCUUGCAGCUCGUUCCGCGACAGCACGAUAGACGACCAGGGUCACCCCGACAACGCCACCGAAGAGGGCUCGGAAUUUAAUGGACUGACCCGCGACCUUCAGAGUCUGACGGCGGGCACGAAGGGCGACAGCGAGAGCGACUUCCAAGACCAAACUCCCGACACGGACGAUUCAGGCGCCCACUCGUAUCCCGAAGUCUCCAUGGCGGCUACUUUGGGCGGAGGAAGUUUGGGCUCUUUCAAAAGGGCCCCGAUUAUGGGAAACCGGGGCCUAGAGCAAAGGGGAAAGAAGACCAAGGGCAAGGAUUCUCCCGCGGUGCAGGUGGCCGCUCUGGAGGUCCAAAACGUGCGGAAGGCGAUCAGCCGUUACGGUACGUUGCCCAAAGGCGCGCGUAUAGGCGCCUACCUCGAGUCGCUACGUCAGAGCGGAAUGGCGACGAACGACGAAGGGGGCGUGGCGCCGCACCACACCCAAAGCGAGACGUCCGAGUGCGUCUUGCCCAGAUCCUUGUCUCCUAGGACUAAUAUCCGCACACAGCCGCAAAUGAUCAGGAGCAACUCGUCUAGCGGCGUCACGACGUUCCACUCCACCCAUCCGCCGGGCUCGCCUACGUCAUCGAAACUGUCACGGAAUCGAAAUUUAGCGCGAAACAAUUCCGCUGACGUCAGGAGCAGUCUGCGCACGUUCAAAGCGAACCAGACGCCAUUUAGGGGCGGCAGUCCGUCGCGCUCCGCGCAACCGACCUUGGCCGAUCUCGAGUUUCCGCCUCCGCCCACCGACCUUCCCCCGCCGCCCGAGGAAUUCGACAACGGUCGUACGAUCGACACGGUGGAUUGCAGCACGUCGAUUAUGACGUCGUCGACGGAGCUCAGGAAAAAAAUCAUACCGAUUUCGCCCCUGUUGAGCGCGAAAAAAAUCAACAGGGAACAGUCGGAGGUGGGCGACGGCGGCGCGGACGUCAGCACCCUGCAGCCGUCGGUCGAGGAGGCGAGCUCGCGAUUCGGUGUCAGUCUGAAGAGGCGCGAACCUUCGUCCGAUAGUUGCAACAGCAACAGGGACGAGGCGAAAGAGAAGAGUCCACAACGAACGAGCUUGAGUCUUACCAGCCCUAGUCACGAUGGCAAAAGUCCGAUGAGCAUGGAUUCCGACGUUCCUAUGGUGGGGUCGCCUCUGGAGCCGUUGCCGCCUCCACCGAAUUUCGUUAGAUUAGCUCAAGACGUAAACAAUGAUUCGCAGCAGGAGGACCAGCCCCAAGCGUCCACCGCCGACGACAAUAAAACCUCCAAACUCUUCAAGAACAAACUGGUGAAGAAAGAGAUGGAGCUGAAACUAGUGGCGGAGAUCAAGGAGCGGGCCGACCAAAAGACCAAAAAUCCGUCACCUCUCGACUGCAUUCUCGCCGCGGGCGGCAUAAGCAACGAUCCCGUGACGCAAUUGGUGACGGAACUCUCGCAAUCCUUGAACAUGGAAAAGGACCGGCAGAGGAGGGACGGCUCCUCCGCCAUGUCCAAGAGUCAAGACAGCAACGGCGCCGCAAGUUUCGUCGGUCAGUUAAAGAAAAUGGAGGGGGUAAAGAAGGCGGCGGUUAAAGAGAGGGCGGAACCGAUCGAAUCUGCGGGCAUCAUCGAUUUCAAAUCACGAUUGAGGAAAGUUGACGGCGCCAAGUCCGAGGACAACGAACACGGAGACAAUAAGAGGGAGAGCACGGCGAGUUCCGAUAGCGGCGGUAACCUCAGAAUCGAAGACGGGGAGGAUAAGAGGAAAAGCACUGGUAGCAUAAGUAGCUUGAAGAAGUUAUGGGAGGCGAAGGACGUGGAAAAUCCUGGAAGCGCGCAACUAAGCCCGAAAUUUUCUAUUAAAACGAAUCGGGACGACGUGACCACUGAGACAUCGCCGGCGGAAACGUCGGACGACUCGACCAAGAUGGAUCGGAGCGCGGGAUCCGAAAAAUCCGCCACCAAGACGGACAAGAAGUCGUGGCCGCCGCCUUCGGAGGAGAAACCGGUCGUUCCGACCAAACCGCCGGUGAAAGUGGUUAAACCUAUAGUCGCGCGACCGGUCGGAUCCGCGAUCUACGCCACGCCCAUCGCUCCGAACGCCAAGCCGCCCAUAUCGGCCAAGCCGGGAAGCGUCGAGUCGGGUCGGACGCCGGAGGGGGAGGAAAUUCGCGCGUCCAGCGGCGGCUCGGUCGACAAGACCGGCAAGGACGCGAUCUUGGAAAUUUCGCAGGCCCUGGAGUCGACCCUGAACACUAUCAGGGGUGCCCCUUCCGUUUCCACCGCCACUUGGCUCCAACUGUCCGACAAGAUCGGGCUGCUGCAUGGCUCGUGUAUGGACUACGCCGACAACGUGGUGCCCGCACAUGCAAAAUUCCAGUUUAGGGAACUGUUGACGCGACUCGAAUUACAGGGCAGGCAGAUGAGAUCAGCGGGUGCCCGCAACUCCACGGAGAACUCCCGCUGCAUCGCCGAAGUCAACAACACGAUCAAGGACGUGGUGAACGUGGUGUUUCGGUAAACUGUCACCGGGAGGGGGGGGGAGUCCUCGUUUUCGCUUUAGGGACGGCCGACGUCAAUGACGAAAUGUUAGGUCGGUUAUAUAUUUAUAAGCUACUAUAUGGGAAGUAACGAACAUACUACAUAGGUUGUUCCAUGACGUAUCCGACAACAACAGGUGAUACUGUCAAUCAAUUAAUUUGCAAGUAGGUGUUCUCAUACGAAAUAAAAUAUUUUUUUCAACUUCAAACUGAAAAAGAUGCAAUUAAAAUGGUUCUCUUGUCGAAAAGCUUUUUAAAAUUAUAGUAAUUUUUGGAAAAUCGUCCUGAUUUCUUUUUUUCGAAACCCUGAAUUAGUCUGUCGAUGGUUUGAUUAACUGCGCGAGGGCGAGUUGAUAGUUAGAUAUUUCCCUUUCAUAAUGUCAGCAUACAUUGAUUUUUUAUUUCAAAUUCAAUCUCAAUGGGCAGCUCAUUCUACUCGCAUAAGCAACAAUAAAGCAUUUGGGCUGUGGAAAAUGACAUAAGAUCAACAUCUUACGAUUUUUAUCGUAUUUAAAGUGUAAUGGGAAAGCCGGAGUGUUGUACUAGACGAAGUAUUAUUAAAUGACAGUUUUUAAAGCAAAAUUAUCAUCCACCGGAGUAAUUUGUUUUGUGUUCGGAUUUGAGACUGGUAAACUUUUCCUUUAACGUAGAACUUUCUGAUGAAUCCAAAUCUGAAAGGUACCGAAUCGCAGACGAACCAUUCUUUUGAGCAAUAUCAACAUAUUAAAUACAUUAGAAUUUUAUUUUCAAUAUAUAGUAACUUUUUUUUCCGCCAGGGGCCACAUUAAAUUAAAAACAGUGCAGUGGUCAAUCCCGAGGGUAGUAGUUUAUAAAUAUGUGAAGGCGGGGCUCCAUUCUAGCGGAUAUCGUCAUUGGCGGAUGCGCAAUUGAAAAAAAAAACUAUGCUUAUGUAUUCGACUGUACGGACCACUUUCAAAUCAUAUAUAUUUGUAUUUGUUCAAAAUCGUACGAAAGAAGAUGAGUGCGUGUGCGGUCAAUCGGGUUGUGUUCGGACCUUCUUUUCAAUUUAGCGCUUUCCACGCAUUGGUUUUCUUUCGAUUGAUUAAUUCCAAAAUAAAGACCGGCGCGAAAGAGACAUUUUUAAAGCAUCCUUUACAUACAAUUGAACAUUGAAUAUUUCGAUUCGGAUCGACACAUUCCAGGAAAAACGAUUUCGCGUAAAGGAAGCCGGUGCGCGGCGUGGCAAAGGACGAUAUGAUGAUUCGAUGAUUUUGAUUAAUCCUGAUUUUAUUUUCACCGAACUGUGAUACCAUUUUCGUUGGGGUUGUAGUUAGGGUAAGCGUAUGCUCAAGUAUAAUUUAUUAUCGUUUUCGUGUGACGUCAAUUUUUGUUCGAUGUUCGCCCGCGCGGUAAGAGAAAAAAAAAUUGAUGUCUGGUAUACCUAUACCGCCUUUUAAGUGCAACACAAGCUUCACAGGGAAAUGAUACACAUCAAGUUCGACGAUAUUUAGAUCGUUUUUUUUUUUUUUAAUAACCUUAAUUUGAACUACUGUGAUUAUGGUGUAUUAUUAGGUAGCCUUGUGUUGCGUAGUAACUCGAAUAUAACUUUUAGGAUGCGUUUAGCCGUGUGUAUUUAUUACUCAUCUUUUUAUAAUUAUUAGGUAGUUAUUUUACCCAUAUGCUAGUCUUAUUUUUGUUUGUAGUUUGGUGCGAACGUGAAUUUCUACAAUAUAAUUAGGUGGACAUUUUUCUAAAAUUACCUUACCACAUAAGGUUUUUGUACAAUCCAAAGAUUAAAAAUACCCGAUUUAGCGUUUAGGAAUUUGUUCUCUUCCCAUCUUAUUUAUAUUCCUCAUAUAUACCUGUAAAUAUUGAUUUUUUAAUUGUUCCGUUUCUUUGAGCGGGUAGCUCUAAGAUUUUUGUUUAUUUAUUCCUAGUUAAAUACAAAUUACGUGCUCAUGUUUGUGUAUCUGAAACAGUCUACAGUCCGUAGUCUGCAUUUUAUAUAUAUCGUAAUUAAGUGGAACUUAAUCAAACCUACCAAAUAUAAUUAUACCUAUAUACUCGUAAUAGGGCGGAAGCGGGGUUAUAUACAUUUGCGCGUUAAUUUUUAGACACGGAGCGACACUUUCGAUUGGGCGUUGAAUACAGGGUGAUUAUAAUAAAAAAAGGGGGGGGGGGGAAGACGGUCCAUCAAUACUCGUGCCAUUUACGCCACAAACAUAUAUACAUACUCGAGCACGAUGACACGGUAGCGGUGUAAGUCGCCGGGCGGACGGGAGGUGGCGCUUUCGUCGUCCUCUCGCCGCCAAGUCCGAAGCGAAUUGACUUUUGUAAAUGAUUAUUUUUUUCGAAGUCUUUUUUGAUAUUUUUUUGUAUAUAUCAUAUUCGUAUCUGCGCUGGAUUUUUGUAAAUGCUUUCUAUAUUUGAAUAGGGAGUAACAGACUGUAUCUAAUUGAAAACGAAAUAAAUUUGCUAAUUUA